AUGUAUAGAACUUCAGGAACUUUUGUUGGAUUGCUGUUAUUGGAAUUGCUAAGGCUAUUAACGAAUUGUUUUCAUUUUUUAGGCCUGCUUGGUUCGACGCUAGUAACUGUUUCAGCUGAAAAGUUUAAUCUUGCUAACGGGAAGGCUAAGAUUAAAGAAAUUUUAACUUACCUCUAUGAAGAUGUGCUUAAACAACAGGUUCCUAAUUUUCAAAGCAUCAAUAACGCUUCCGAUUUUGAUGGUUUGUCUACCGCAGCUGAAUCAUUUCUGAACGAUUCAAAAAUAGAAGAAAUCAAGAACGUAGCUGCAGAUCAUUUCCCCGAAAUAUCUCAACAAAUCCAAUCCUAUUUAAACAUACUCGCUGCAGAAAUGGAAGACGAUGAUGAUACGAAGAAUGAAACGAUUCCAUUAAGCGGCGCGAUAGCCAAAAUAACACCCUCGUAUGCCCACAAACACUACGAAGAGCCUGACCCGGCAGAUCUGUUUCAAGGAUAGGUAGGUAUAGGUAUAGGUAUAGGUACCUACGAAAAUUCUAUAAAAUUAUUUUAUUAUACAUAUUUGUUAAGUUGCUUUGACUAUAUUUUCUAAAAUCAAAUUUCACAUUAUAGUAUUAGUACGAGUAGGUAUACUGGUAUAGUUACAGUUAAUUUAUCUAUUAAGUAAUUCGGAUAGGUACCCAAUGAAUUUGAAUUAUAUUUCAUAAGCUGUGUAUCCAAUAUUGUA